CCGCCCCCAGCCCCCGGCCCCCGAGGGCGCGCAGUUCCGGGCCGCCCACCGCCCCGACAACCUCGCCAGCCGCCCGCUCCCGGCCGUCCCAGCAGCGCCCCGAGAUGCCGGUCGAUUUCUCUGGGUACUGGAAGAUGCUGAGCAAUGAGAAUUUCGAGGAGUACCUGCGCGCCCUCGAUGUCAACGUGGCCUUGCGCAAAAUCGCCAACUUGCUGAAGCCAGACAAAGAAAUCGUGCAGGAGGGCGAGCACAUGAUCAUCCGCACGCUGAGCACCUUCCGCAACUACAUCAUGGACUUCCAGGUGGGCACGGAGUUCGAGGAGGACCUGACGGGCAUCGAUGACCGCAAGUGCAUGACCACGGUGAGCUGGGACGGGGACAAGCUGCAGUGCGUGCAGAAGGGCGAGAAGGAGGGACGCGGCUGGACGCAGUGGAUCGAGGGGGACGAGCUGCACCUGGAGAUGAGAGUACAGGGUGUGGUCUGCAAGCAGGUGUUCAAGAAGGUGCACUGAGGCCGGGCGCGAGGCCACCCCGGGCGUCCAGCGGCUAGCGGCGUGGACACAAAGGCCAGGACCCGCACCCCCUUCCCGGUCAGCCCUCCUUGGAUCUGCAUGAAAGAGAAUUGCCCAGCCUUCCCCUCCACGCUGUCUCCCCACCCUCCCAGGGCAUCUGUUCCCAGAGUCUGUCUCCCGGUUUUGUCUCUCGCUUUCCUUUAAACAAAGACGCCCAAUAAAAGCCAUCACGGCUGUU